GGCGCGGUGCAUGUCGGGAAAGCGGCGUGCUAGUGCGAUCCUUAGCGGCGGCUGCAGCAGCGAGACCAUGGUAGGUGGCGAGGCCACCUCCGCGGUGGAGAAGCUAGUUUCCGGCGUGCGGCAGGCGGCCGACUUCGCCGAGCAGUUCCGUUCCUACUCGGAGAGCGAGAAGCAAUGGAAAGCGCGCAUGGAGUUCAUCCUGCGCCACCUGCCUGACUACCGAGACCCACCCGACGGCGGCGGCCGCCUGGACCAGCUACUGUCCUUAUCCAUGGUCUGGGCCAACCACCUCUUCCUGGGUUGCAGUUACAGUAAAGACCUUCUGGACAAGGUGAUGGAAAUGGCUGAUGGGAUUGAAGUGGAAGACCUGCCGCAGUUUACAACCAGAAGUGAACUCAUGAAAAAGUUGGUGUAAACCUUUUCUUUACUAAAUAACAAGUCAGCGUGAUAAAUUAUGCAUUGUCUGUGGAGUAACAGUAAUCAGCCUUGACACCCAUCAGUUUGUGCGUGGAUGGUGAAAAUGCAGUCCGUAUACAUCACGAAAUCUUGUUCAGCUGUAACAAAUGAUGAAUUUGAGUGUUCACAGGAAGUGGACAGAAAUGGAGAUCGUUAUGUUGAACAAAAAAGGCUAGAAGGAAGAAAAACAAGCACCAUGUUUUCUUUCCCAGGUGAAGUGUAUUGUUUGUGCAUUAAUAAGAAUUGAGGCAAGUGCUUUCCCUGAGCUGUGUCUCCAGUUUUUCUUUACUUUUUUCACUGAGUCUUACCCAGACUUCACUUUGAUCUUUAGCCCGGCAGGCCUUUGGAUCACAGUCCUGCCUCUGCUCCUUGGUGGCCUAGAUGACACAUCUCUGUCUCUAGCCACAGCUGUUUGGUUUAUUUAUUCACUUAUUUUAGUUUUUGUUUUUUGUUCUCUUUCCUCCUGAGUUCUGGGAUUAUAGGCAUAAACCUCCAGACUUGGCUUGUUUUGCUUAUUUAAAAAAAGAGAAUUUUGGUUAGAGUGCUAAAGUUAGAAGUACUUCAUUUUAGAGUAGUUCAUACAGGGUAUCUCUGCCUCAGCAGGUCAGGGCUGGACCAGACUUGUGUGGACUCUGACUAGCUGAUUAAUAAUGUGGUCGGGUAAUGUCCAGACACCACAGCUUAGUUCUGGUCUUCAGGACUUAGUCUUACGGCUGCUACCUUGUCUGCAGUGAGCUUUGCCCUGGAGUCUUAUGUCUGGAUCCUGGAUCCUGGAUCCCUGGAGUCGGGGAGAGGCAGAGGAAACUGGAGAAUAAGGCUGCUCGGAGCAGUGAGAUGGCUCAGCCAGAUGGAGGUGUUUGCUGGCAAGCUUUAAGACCUGAGAUCGGGCCUUAGAACCCAUGGUGGAAAGAGAACCAGCUCCUGAAAGCAUCAAAGCUAAGGCAGAGCUCCACAUUUCCACUCUGGAGACAGAAAGGAGGCCGGGGUGAAGGUGACUCAACAUUGCAGCUCUGAGAUUCCUCGUAUUUGCAAGCAUAGAUAGAGGCAGCUUGAAGAGGAUGGGGCCCGAGGGCUUCUAAGAAGUCUCCAUUCUUCCAGGAUUGCUGUAAAAAUACACACGAAUAUUUAUGUAUUCAUACAUGGCGAACUCUCAGAAAUUUCAUCAGGAUUGUCAAAGCCAAACAUUGUUUGAAAUAACAAUGACAGGUGAUAAAUUUUAUAAUUUGA